UUUCUCAGUAAUUAAUCUUGGGUAUAUCUACUGAUCAAAAGAGCUAGAAAUGUGGACAAUUGGACUGUGUGUUGUAGCUGUGGUUUCCAUACUUUCUGUUCACUGGCUAAACAAAUGGAGGAGCAACCCAAAAUGCAAUGGAGUUCUCCCUCCAGGUUCCAUGGGCCUUCCUCUUAUUGGAGAGUCUCUUCAGUUGAUUGCUCCCAGUAACUCUCUAGACCUCCUCCCCUUCAUCAAAAACAGAGUUCAAAGAUAUGGGCCCAUAUUUCGAACUAGUGUGGCAGGUCGGCCUAUUGUGGUAUCAACAGAUCCUGAGUUCAACCGUUACAUCGUUAAACAAGAAGGGAAGUUGGUUGAACUGUGGUACUUGGAUUCAUUUUCAAAGAUUUUCGCCAUGGAAGGUGAAAAUAAGAUAACUGCACUUGGUUUGGUCCACAAAUACGUAAGAAGCAUCGGAUUGGAACACUUUGGUACUGACAGCCUAAAGGAAAGAAUGCUUCCUCAGAUUGAAGAAUUUGUUAACAAAACCCUACAAACAUGGUCAAAGCAGCCUUGUGUUGAAGUGAAACGUGCCUCUACAACUAUGAUUUUUGAUUUCACUGCGAAGCAAAUCUUUGGUUAUGAUGCUGAAAAAUCGCCAGUUAAGAUCAGUGAGAAAUGUAACAAUAUCUUAGGAGGUCUCAUGUCAUUUCCCUUGAACAUCCCUGGCACUGCAUACCACAAGUGUUUGAAGGACCAAAAUGAAGUUUUAAUGUUCUUAAGGAAUGUACUGAAAGAGAGAAUCGUGAUUUCGCCCGAGAAACAUCGCGGAGAUUUCCUUGAUCAAGUCAUAGGCGACAUGGAUAAAGAAAAGUUCUUAUCAGAAGAUUUUGUCGUCUACGUGUUGUUUGGUUUCUUAUUCGCUGCCUUUGAGUCGAUUUCUGCAGUACUAUCAUUGACUCUCAAGUUUCUUGCGGAUCAUCCUUCUGUUGUUCAAGAGUUGAUGGCUGAGCACGAGGCAAUUCUCACAAAGAGAGAGAAUCCAAAUUCCUCGCUCACAUGGGAUGAAUAUAAGUCGAUGACUUUUACCCUUCAAGUGAUCAAUGAAGCUCUUAGGAUGGGAAAUGUUGCUCCUGGUUUACUUCGAAGAACAUUGACAGAUAUUGAAUUUAAAGGACAUACAAUUCCGGCCGGUUGGACCAUUAUGCUUGCAAAUUCCGCUCUUCACCUAAACCCCGAUACCUUCAAGGAUCCACUUGCUUUCAAUCCAUGGCGCUGGAAGGAUCUCGACUCAAACGUUGUAUCAAAGAAUUUCAUGCCUUUUGGAGGAGGAAUUAGACAAUGUGCAGGGGCAGACUAUGGUAAGACGUUCAUGGCUACCUUUCUACAUGUCUUGUGCACCAAGUAUAGGUGGGCAAACGUCAAGGGAGGAAAUCUUACUCGAAGUCCUUUGUUAGGAUUUGAAGAUGGUAUACACAUUAAUUUCUCUGAGAAGCAUAAUUAAAAAACAUUCUUAAAAUAUAUAUCAUGUAGCCCCUCGAUCUCUCUCUCUUAAAAUAUGAGAGAGAGAGAGAGAGGGGCUACAUAGUACAUGAUAUAUAUUUAAAUAAAGAGUGUUAAAUCACCACUUAUUCUACAUUUAAUUUCUUACGUUAUCCUACAUUUCUGUCUUUAGACGGUUUUAAUGGUACUUUAUCAAUCUUGUGUUUGUUGCGCCCGGAUUAUGGCCAUAAAUUAAUCGAGUUGUUUGUAAACAGUUCGUGUUCGAUCGAGUAGUAUAAACUCAAUUGGAAUUCGGUUAUGUAAUAAACAUAUCUAUGUUAUCGAUACUGAGUUCCGAGAAAUGCUAGACGCAAUACAAGUCUGGGGGUUACUGGUUCAGUGUUCAGGAUUGGAUUGUGAGAACAAUUGUAGGGAAUUAUGGAAUAGAAGAUGAACUUUUACAAGCAAUUAAAUGAUCUA